UUGGGUGAUUUUUCUAGAUCACUCUGGAUUUUCUAUGACUCGUAUGAUCCAUUCUUUCCUCCCUGUAGCUUCGUCACCCAUCCGCCUUCUACCCCCUCCGCUCUGUUCCACAUUUCGCAUUCAAGAGGUGAUCUCAUAACCCCACGGUCUCUUUGCUGUGUCUCGUUUGUCUGCAAAGAGACGUGUCUUUAGCUUCACUCAUUUUUCCAUAAAUGGAAACACUUCGUCCCAGAACUUGAGUUGUUGAAGAAGAGCAGUCUAGGUUUACAACAGCUAAACAUCGUACGAGUCGUUGUCGACCAUGGCGGAAGGUGGUUCCACCGUAAAGAUCACGGUGAAAACCUCACGGAAGAAGGAGACGCUGGAUGUAGAUUUAAACAGGACUGUUGGCGAGUUCAAGAAAGAUCUCUCUGCCGUAUUCGAUAAUACUUCAAUUAAACAGCUAUGCCUGAUCUUCGCUGGAAAGAUUAUGAAGGACGACAACUCUCUAGAGAGUUACGGAUUGAAAGAUGGCGUGACGGUUCACCUCGUGAUCAAAUCGGCAACCAAGAGUAACGCAGAACAAGCGCCCACUUCCACCCAAGCGGCAGCCACCAGUGCAAGUAGUACCACCGAGUCGUCUGCAUCAACUUCGGCCACCCCAGCACCAGUCUCCACGGCGAACACAACCACCACUCCUAGCGGCGGCGGCACCAGUGCUGGCACUGGAUCCACUCCGGCGGCCGGUGGUUUAUUCGGUAGCGGAAUGGCGGAUCCACUCGGCUUGCUAGGUGCCGGCGGGGCUGGUGGAGCGGGCGGUGCUGGUGGCAUGGGUAGUCUCUUUGGCGGCCAGAGCAUGCAGCAGAUGCAGCAAGCGUUAAUGAGCAAUCCUGAGAUGAUGCAGAAUAUGAUGAGCAGUCCCAUGGUGCAGAGUUUAAUGAGUAAUCCUGCCGUCUUGCAGUCAAUGAUUCAGAGCAAUCCUCAGCUGCAAGAGAUGAUUUCACGCAAUCCGCAGAUUGGCCAUAUCCUCAACGACCCGGAGAACCUGCGCCAGGUCAUGCAGAUGGCAUCCAACCCCUCAGUACUGUCUGAGAUGCAGAAUCGCCAAGACCGCAUGCUUAGCAACCUGGAGAGUAUGCCAGGUGGCAUGAGCGCGCUGGAGGGAAUUUACAGGAAUAUCCAAGAACCGCUUCAACAGGCUACGGCAUUCCCUAAUCCUUAUCAGAGCGCUAUUCACACUCAGAACUCUGGUUCAGCACAGCCAUCCACUACACCCACCACUACUCCCCUGCCCAAUCCAUGGGCUGGCGGUAGUGGCACUUCAUCUACACCAGCGACCCCAGCAGCCUCGACAGGUUCUGCUUCGCCGUCCCCAAGUGCUGCUGGCGGCACUGGUGCCAACCCGUUUGCCAGUCUGUUUGGCCCUGGCAUGGCAGGUAUGUUCGGCCCUGCUGGCUCUACUCCUGGUGGCGCGGCCACAACGCCAUCUACAUCCUCUGGCGGUACGGAGUCCUCUACCUCUACGCCAUCGUCUUCUUCUUCGACACAGUCCGCUCCGGCUGCCAACCCGUUUGCUGCUUUGCUUGGUGGCGGCGGGGGUGCAGCAGGUCUCGGUGGUAUGGGGGGCAUGGGUGGUAUGGGCAUGGAGGCCCUGGCAAGUAAUCCACAGCUCAUGGAGUCAAUGAUGUCGAGCCCUGCGUACCAACAGAUGAUGCAGAUGCUGGUGAACAACCCGGCUGUCAUGGAGCAGAUGUUAUCGUCGAACCCUAUGUUUGCCAACAACCCGGCACUUGCCCAGCAAGUACGCGAUUCCAUGCGCAAUCCCAUGGUUCAAGCUAUGCUCAGCAAUCCUCAGCUCACGCAGCAGAUGCUUUCUGCUAUGUCCGGGCUGAACGCCGCUGCGCCACAGCCUUCUACCGGUGGGGUGCCUGGUACGGCCGGUACACCUGGUACGGCCGGUUCUUCAUCAACUCCUGCUGCCCCUGACAUGACACAACUCUCGUCCAUGAUGCAAGCCAUGAUGGGCGGUGCUGGUGGCAUUGGGGGCGGCCUCGCUGGUCUUGGAGGUGGCCUCGGUGCUGGUCUUAGUGGAGGUGCUAUUCCCAACCAGCAGAGCCUGGAGGAGCAAUAUGCAGGGCAGCUUGAGCAGCUUAGAGGCAUGGGUUUCUACGACGCUGCUGCAAAUAUUCAAGCACUAAUCGUCUGUAAUGGUGAUGUCAAUUUGGCCGUCAACCACUUACUGGGCUGAGUGCUAUGCCGAUAUUCGUACUGACUACUUUAGCCACACUGCUUCUAUGCACGGCUUAGAGUGGCGUUCAUUUUCAUAUUUGGUACCCUUGUAGGCUGAUGUACAUGCUGUUGCUGCUCUCCUUUUGCCAAUUUCUACUUUCUGUCAUUGUUUUUUUUUUGGCAGAAUACACCAUUUUCGUAUCGGCAUAAUUAUACAGCCAUUGCUUUUUACUGUCUUUUACUUGGCUGUUCCAUGAAAGAAAUGUGCUUUCCCUCCUAUGGAGGAGGCAUCAACAAGUCAUGACAAACUAUUGCAAUACUUAUCAAGAGUUAUUUUUGCACCCCCAUGUACAUAUGUCCGCUCACACCCAUAGUUUUUGCACUUGAUUUUGUACUAGGCAAAUUUCUGUGUUGUACAUACAUCCUGGUCGUAAUUAUCCUUUUGGCGUUUGCCCGCAUAAAACACACAAGUAUUGACAUCAUAUAUCCGCAUCUGCUUUGGCUUUGCUUUUCUGUGUUUUUUCUGUUGUUGUUUUGCUGUCUCCCUCCUUUGAAUUUUUUGGGUGUCAUCCUACUCGUUCGUUCUCUAAAUAUUUUUGUCUUUGGCUUUGCUUUUCUGUGUCUUUCUGUUGUUGUUUUGCUGUCUCCCUCCUUUGAAUUCUUGGGUGUCAUCCUACUCGUUCGUUCUCUAAAUAUGUUGGUAUGUUUA